AAAUUGUAGGUUUUUGCAUUUACUUUUUUUUGCGCUGGUUUUAAUUUUGUAAAAAAAUUUCAGAGAGAGUGAAAGCAAAAUUUCUGGAGCAAGAAGAGAAAACCCAUCUGAAACCCACACAGAAUACAAAACAGAGAGAGAGAGAGAGAGAGAGAGAGAGAGAGAGAGAGAGAGAGAGAGAGAGAGAGUUAGAGAGCGUUUGGUUAAAUGUAAUUCUCGUGAGAAAAAAAAUUCCACUUCAGAGAUUUAUUCUUUCGCCGCUUCAGAUCACAGACAGAGAAAAAAUUAUGUGUUGAUGUGCUAAUUUAUUAAUUAUUCAUAAAUGCAAAAGGAUUGUAUCAGAUCCUCUUAAAUUUCAUUUUGUAUAUCCUUGAAUUCGCAUUCAGUUGGUGGUCGUUACGGCUAGUCGAAGCUCUGAUUUUCCUGUUAAUUCCAAGAGAGGUUUUUGCGACUCGAAACGACGUCGCAUAAGACACUUUGCGCUUGAUUAUCAUAAGCAAUGGCUCAACGUUAGGGAAGCCUGAGCAAUGCGACCAACGUGGUUUGGAAGGAAGAGUUUUGAGAGGAGUUUUCAUAUGCAAAGACCUCAAUAUAGAGUAAUCACGAUGUUCAAGAGAAUAUGGUGAGAUAUACAGGGUAUCACUCAAAUCUGGAAAGAAAUUUGUCAAACAUUCUAUGAUUCGGAACGCUGAUAUGAGACUCGAAUCAGGGACUUGUAAUGUGUGCUCAGCUGCUUGUUCAUCUUGCAUGCAUCUUAACCAAGCUCUCAUGGGGUCUAAGGCUGAAGAAUUCUCUGAUGAAAACUGUCGCUUAGGGGAGGCUAAUCAGUAUUGUAAUGAGAGUGAUAGAUCUUCUCUUGGGAGCAGAGCUUGUGAAAGGUUGAAGCAUGGUGUCAGUGAAACCAGUCACAGGCCUAGUGUUUCUUCCACUCAAGAUUCUCUAUCUGAAAAUGCUGAGAACAGUCAAGCCUUAUCAGAGAAGUAUCAGGAUUCCAAGUGUUUAGAAAGUCUAGAUGAUAGCACUUCAUGUAUCAGUAGGACCAGUAAUGCUAAUUUAGCGAGCAGUAGCUAUCAAAUAAAUACAGACAAAAUAAAUAUAUCUUGUAGUUCAACUUCAGUUAGUCACUUAGUGGCAGAAGGAUCUGGAAAUGGGCCAUCUGUUGACAUGUCUAGUUUGUCAGAAUGUUGUAUGGAAAAUGUUGACUCAUCAUUGACCAAAGAGAGAGUACCUAUUAUUGUUCCUGGCGAAAAAUCUCUGGCAGAUAAGGAAAACCUAAAUAAUGGUACAGCCAAGGUUUCUAUAGAAAUAUGUCAAAAGUCAGAAGCAGAUACUGAAAAUAAUUUUGAUGUUGCUGAAGAUGUUGAUCUUAAAUUUUCUGCCCAUGAUGGACUGCAUGAGAAGGUUGAGGAGCUGGUUAAAUCACCUGGCAGGGCUGAACCUCAAUCGGAAGAUGAGAGUGAUGAAUCAGAUGUUGUUGAGCAUGAUGUAAAAGUAUGUGACAUCUGUGGAGAUGCUGGUCGUGAGGAUCUACUUGCCAUAUGUAGUAGGUGCAGUGAUGGUGCAGAACACACCUACUGCAUGCGGGAAAUGCUUGAGAAGGUCCCUGAAGGGGACUGGUUAUGUGAAGAAUGCAAGUGUGCGGAGGAGACUGCAAAUCAAAAGCUAGAUAUUGAAGAAAAAAAAAAUCAUGAAGUUCGUUCAACUUCACGAAUUUCUGGCAAAAGACCUUCUCAAAGCAUGGAAAUAGCUACAGCAGCAAAAAGGCAAGCUCUUGGAUCGAGCACAGGAUCACCAAAGGCAUCAAGCCCCAAGAGAAUAGUCCCACUGUUGCGGGAAUCUUCAUUCAAGAGCAUGGAUAAAGGAAAGAUGAAAUCUGGUCAACAGAUCCCCAUGUGUAACCACCUCGGUGGCAAUGACACAGAACUUGCCCGUUCUCUAUCCACUGUCCCUCGGGGUCAAAAUGCAAGGAGUACAUUGCUGAAAUCUAAUUCAUUCAACAACUUCAAUUCCAAGCCAAGAGUCAAACUUGUUGAUGAAGUUAUUCCCCAAAAGCAGAAAGGGGGUGUUGAACAUAUUUCUAAGAAUAUGGAGACACCUGCUGGAAUGAUAAGCAAAUCAAUGUCAUUCAAAUCCUCGAAUUUGGGUCGUUCAAUUGCUGUUGAAUCAAAAGUUAAAAUGAUGUCUUCUAAACCUGGAACUGCUCGGGAUUUGAAAGCAUCAAGACAUACAAAAGAUUCUGCUUCAUUUGACAGGAAAUUUCUGUCUAAGAUUGAUCGACCUGUCAUUUGUUCAACCAUGGUUAGUUCUGUUGUUUCCACAUCAAAGGGUGAUCAGAAGCUUACACCGCAUGGCGAAACUGCUAAACCUUCUACAGUCAACAACAAUCGAGAGUUUAAGGUCAACCAAGAUGGAAAAUUAUAUUCAUCAUCGAAAUCUAUCAAUAAUACAAGCAGUAAAAGUCCAGAACCUCAAGUUAGUUCAGAUAGAACAUCAACAAGUGUCGAUGAAACUCAACAGGAUAGGCUGCCUCGAUCACAAGAUACAGCUAAUCAGGUUGACAAAACUAAAGAUAGUUCUAGUGAUCAUGUGACAUCAGGUGUUACUAAUGCUUCAAAAAGCUCAUUCUGUCGUAAAUGUAAGGAUUUUGGCCAUGCUACAGAAUGUUGUACAGUUAGUGGUACGCAGGAAUUUGGUGCUGAAUCAUCAGUCAUUGCCACAAGUAGUUCAAAAGAUGAGAUGCAUGAGGGAAAUAGAUUGAAAGCUGCAAUCCAGGCAGCUUUGCUUAGAAGGCCUGAAAUACACAAGAGGAAAGAAGCUCCUGACCAAACUAAUGAGUUUCCUACAUCAAGCACUGGUUUGAAACGAGAAGUCACUUCUCAAAAGCAAGUGUUGGUUUCCAGCACUUUGAAGAAUGGUAUAUCUGCUGAAGAAAGCAAUAUGAAGCAGGAAAUCAUUGAGAAUUCUACAUUUGAAACCUCCAAAUGUCCAUCUGCCAAUGAUCUGAAACAACUUGAAUUUUGUAGAACUGAUGUUUGCUCUCAGCUGAGAAAGUCGGAUUCUGCUGGUCCCACUUCUGGAAAGCCUGUAGUGAGAGACGACUUUCCCAAUAAUGCCAUGGAAAUAUCAAGUAUUCUUUCAAAGAUGUCAGUCAUUCCAGAAUAUGAGUGCAUCUGGCAGGGUGUCUUUGUGGUGCAUAGAAAUGGAAUGCCUCCUGACUUGUAUACUGGAAUUCAAGCACAUUUAUCUGCAUGUGCUUCCCCUAAGGUUCAUGAGGUAGUGAAGAAAUUUUUACCUGAAGUUUCGCUAAAUGAAGUUUCUCGUUUGAGCGUAUGGCCUUCACAAUUUCAUCAAGGUGGUGCUAAGGAAGAUAAUAUUGCUCUUUACUUCUUUGCCAGAGACAUUGAAAGUUAUGAGAGGUACUACAAGGGUCUAUUGGAUCACAUGAUUAGAAAUGAUUUAGCUCUUAGGGGGACUUUUGAUGGUGUUGAACUUCUCAUAUUUGCAUCUAAUCAGCUUCUGGAAGAUUCACAACGUUGGAAUAUGUUAUUUUUCCUAUGGGGUAUAUUCAGAGGGAGGAGGAUCAAUCACUUGGAUUCCACAAAAAAGAUAUGUAUUCCCAGUUUGAAUGUGAUGCCAAAUGAGAAAGAUUUUCCAACUGCUGUAAUGACUUUGUCUGAAACUCAGUGUUCACCUAAGCACAUGGAUAAAGAGUCCAUUGACCAAGGUCACAAUAUGGUUAGUAGGAAUUUUGAUGGCAAAGAAACUAUUUUUGACCAGACACAUUUGGGUUUACAAGUAAACUUAGAGAGACAAGACACUAGAAUCAACACCAAAUCUACAUUAGGGAUUCCGACCAUCAGUACACAAAUUUGUCAAGAAGUGAAUUCCACUGGUUCGUCCCUGAGAGACAGUGUACCAAAGCAUCGACAAUACAUAAAGUCUAAACCUCCUGAAGCAAUGGGAACUAGUGUAAGUAGUAGGAUUGUGGAAACAAAAACUAAUCAUGAUAUUUCUGUUAAGCAAGAGAACUCUUUGUCUUCGGGGAUCCAUUCCGUUGGUUGCCAAGAGAUAGAUACUGCAAGCAAUAUCAGUAAGGAUAAAAUUUUGGACAGAACAAACAAUGGUGAGAAUCAGCAAAGGCCUAAACGGAAACAGAUGGAAGAUGAUCUCGAUAUUAACGUGGAGGCAACGUUUCAGAGAGACCUGACUGUGAAAGCCGUCAACUGUCAGCUACCUAAUGAUAAAAAAGUUAAGCAUAUAGAUCUUUCAGAUACAGUUGUGGAGGCUUCUGCAGUUAGUUGUCAGAAAAUGCCUUGGAAUGAGGUAAAUGGCAAAUUUGAAGACAGAGAAAGUUAUAGCAGGGAGCUGCGAACAAGUUUUGGUGGAAUUCACGGAUGUUAUGAUUCUGGAGCCUGGGAAUCUUUUAAUGGUAGUUCUGCAUCACUUGUAAAUGAUCUUGGUUCCUGUUCUUUAGGGGAGGACAAACGGUGUAAAGAACCUUGUGAUGAGAAAAUCAUCCACGAGGACUUUGGAGCGAUGGAAAGAACCUUCUUUCCUGUUGAUACUCGUAAAAAAAAUGACUUGGGGAUGGUGCUGAAUAGCGAGUCACUGAAUGAACCUCGUGAGUACGUGGACCAAGUUCAAGUUGGGAUUCCAAAUCUAGAGCUUGGUUUGGGGGGUGAAACGAAACCCUCACACAAGGGUAUGCUGCCUUUCUUUGUUGGUGCGGUUCACAAGAAAAAUAACCAGGAAAAGAUUCCAGAAAUAUUGACAUACGAGCGAGAGGAUGAGAACGUUGCUGCAUCUCUUUCCCUGUCUCUAUCUUUUCCAUCUUCAAACAAGGAACACGUCAAACCUGUUCCAAAAGCUGAGCCUUUGCCGGGUGGGCAUAAUGUGAAUUCGCCGUAUCUUCUUUUUAGGAGAUUCACGGACAAAUAAAUAUGCUGAGUUGCUAGUUCUAAACAUGUACAUUAUCUUGUUCCAUCAUGUAUGUAAUCGUCCAGUGAGUCCUUAUACAAAGGAGACGUCCAACUGUUCAUGUGCCCAGCAAAAUAGUAUAAGUUUUUUCUUUUUACUUCUUUGUUAAAUACAUGCUUUUGUACUGUCUUUUUGGUUUCAGAACGCAUAGCUACGGCUAUUUGUAUAUAGAGAGAAUUUCAGCCGAUAUAAUUUCAUUAAUGUUAGGACAUUGCGGAUGACUAUUUUUUAUGACAGGGUUUCCUUUGUUCCUUGCUUCA